UUCAUUUUCAACACCCCAGAAUCUGAAUGGCCACUCGCACACGCAGCAGCAAGAAAAGUGAACAAGUGUCUGAUGAAGAUGUCGACAUUGAAACUGAAGAAGAAGAAGAAGAAGAAGAAGAAGGAAGAGGCUCUUCCAAAAGGCUCAGACAAAAUGAAGAACCUUCAAUGUACGAGCACAUUAGGGACCAAAGGAUGAAGGAGAACCAAGAGCGAAUGCAGAAGCUUGGAUUAUUGAAACUCUCUCAAAAGCUCAAAACCCAACACCAAAACCCUCAACGUAGGCCCAAAAAGAACAUUGAUGAUGCCUUACCGUCAAGGCGUUCUUCUAGAAUAAUGACCCUAGAACCAGUUAACUAUGCUGAAAAUAAAGCAAAGGGUAGAGAAGAGGGAGAUUCGUCAAGUAAAGAUAGCAAAGACAACAUUGAGAUUUUCAUACCUGAAGGUGAAAACCCAGAAUUUUACACUGAAGAGCAGGAGAAGCUUCUGGGAGAUUCUGAUACCAUUUGGGAACUGGGUGUAGAUGGAUGUGAUGUAGAUGGGAGCCGUAUGUAUGAUUCAAUCAGGGGGGAGACAUGCCAUCAAUGCAGGCAGAAAACUCUUUGUCAGCACACAAAUUGCAACAGAUGUGAGUUAUCUCAAGGGCAGCUUUGUGGAGAUUGCUUGUACACAAGAUAUGGUGAAAAUUUGUUAGAAGCCAUUGAGAAUCCUAAAUGGACUUGCCCUUCUUGUCGGGGAAUCUGCAACUGCACUCGUUGCCGUAAGGCAAAUGGUUGGAUGCCCACUGGUAAUAUAUACCACAAGGUGUCAAAACUGGGUUUCAAAUCGGUGGCACAUUAUCUGAUACAAACACGCCGCACUGACAAAAGCUUGGAGGAAGGCUCAGGUGCUGAAAAUGUUGCUGAAGAAAUACCUCAGAUCCCUGCGGACACAGACCAGAAUAGAGCAAUUCGCACCAGAAGAGGCUUGAGGAGAUCAUGAUGAUGCAAAGGGCGUCGAAAGAACAGAGUGGGAAAAAGUUGGCAUAUACGCAGGUACUUGAAAGACAUUUCGUUUUUUGAGAAUGAUGAAAGACGUAGUUCUCUUGGUGUUUGUUUGAGAUGGAUAUAGGCUUAGCAAUCUGACUAAAGAAUAUAGCCAAUUUACCAUUACUAUAUUGACGAUGUUCUUAAGAUGGUUAUCAAAAGUUGUAGCAACUGGUGUUUGGCUGUGGGUUGUGGUUGUGGUAUAGUUGUGGUUUUGUUGAAGAAUGUUAUCAAUUUUAGCCUCGGAUUAAGGGUUGCAA